GACUGGAGGACAACUUCUGAAAAUGGCUGAAGAGGACCAGAGCGAGACGUCACAACAAACGGCAGCCAGCGAUGAAGAGAGUGCGAGAGCCAAACAGGCUUCUUCCUGUGUUGUUGAAAUUCACGACUUGACGACUGAGCGUGGGAAAGAAGCGGGGCCCGAUCAGGUGCAGAUGGAGGAGAAAACCUUUGUAUCUUGUUUGCACACUUUCAUGAAGGAUAAAGGCUCACCCAUAGAAAGGAUCCCACAUCUAGGCUUCAAACAGAUUGACCUUUGGAUGAUCUACAAAGUUGUCGAAAAACUCGGGGGAUAUGAAUCAGUGACAACUCGACGUCUUUGGAAGAAAGUCUACGAUGAGCUAGGAGGGAGCCCAGGCAGCACAAGCGCUGCCACUUGCACUCGAAGACACUACGAGAGGCUGGUGCUUCCCUUUGAGCGCCACUUGAAAGGCGAGGACGACAAACCUCUGCCUCUGAGCAAACCGAGGAAGCCGUACAAAAGAAGUAUGGAGAGCAAGAUCAACAAGGCUGAUGGGAAGAGGAAGAUGACUCAUUCAGAGAGGGAACUGGACUCAGAGUUACUCGCCCAAAGAAGUCCAGAUACGGCCCGUACAAGCGAAGCAAUGAUGCAUUCUCACUUCGCUCUCUGGGGAACCAACUCUGACAGACGUCACAAGGACCACUCUAAACAAAACAGAACCACCGGCGAUUUCUGCACAUCUGUCAGCGAUCGCAUUCUGCAGGGACCAGAAUUCAGCACCUGGGGGGCUCACCUCCCCUAUGUAACUGGAGAGGUCAUCUCUCCAUUGGAGAAAAAGAAGCGCAUGGCUCAGGCGUCGCUGAGUUCCCAAAGAGAGGACAAAAAAAGACCCUCUGUUAUUCAGUGCUCCCUAUCUCCAGUCCGUCUCUCUCCCAGCAGGCAAGGCAAUUCCUCGGAUGGCUCACCGCUGCCGUUAUCGUCCUCGUCUUCCCGCAGUUCUUCCCCUCUUUCAGUCUCCUCAGAAGACACUCCAGCAGGAAGUGUGACUGAACCUGCACCAAGCUCAGCAUCGCCAGAGAACUCUUCCAGCACCACCAAAGUAAAUAAGGACAAGAAGUCUGUAAGCUGCGAUCAAACAGCUACGAACCCUGCAGGCCAGGCUAAGGAUGUUUCUCAAGGCAGCGCCCAGUCGCUGUACGCUGACUCAGUAAAAACUCAGUUGAAAGAAUCCGCCUGGAAGCUUUAUCCCAAAGUGGCUGGCAAACAUUUCAUGUCAAUCCCCACAUCCUUCGCACCUUCUUCCUCUAGCUUCUCCAAAGUUAUUCCAAAAUCUGGGCAGCUCCUGAGGCCCGCUCCCAUCCACCCGAGUCCAAAAAUUCUCACUGGCAGGCCGCUGCAGCAGAGCACCUCCCUGACGUGCGCAAAGAAGGCCGGCAGCGUGAUCCCGUGGCAAUAUCUGACGGAGAAGAGGGACAGAUCCAGGACAAUGGCACCAAAAAUCCCUCCCACACAGCAGAGUCUGUCUCAGUCCAACUCCGCCCCCGCCCUGCCGGCAUCGUGUGUCCUAACGAGCUACGACAAAUCAGGGAGAGACUCUCGACACCAGCACCUGGUCCACCCGGCGUUUCUCCCCCACAGAAUGAGACUCCCUCAGUCACAGCUAAUGUAUCCCCACAUACCAGUGGGUCCGAGUCAGUCCACUGUCAUUGGGCCAGCUUUUUACCCAUAUCACUACCCCUUUCACAUGUUAAACCCACAAGUUGGAUAUUCCCUACCUGCCAUGAAUCCCAUUUAUCCUCACAAGCUGUGAAUCUUUGUAUAUCAACUCCAAACUUGAGAAAACUUUUUUUUAU